ACUGUGCCAAUGCUACCGGUGAGACCAAGUGGCCCUCAAUAGUGGUGGGAGGAAGAGAGGGGUAGUAUGAUAGAUGCAACCGACCGACGCGAGAUAUGACUGUUUUGAGUACAUAAAAGAGGGGUACAGCUUCGUGCGUCGAACGAUCGGGCGAGUAACUCCAUCUCCCACGAGUCUUAACUGAGUUAUACGGAAAACCAAAACCACGUUGUUCGAGUCCUAAUGGCUACCAUUCGAGUCGCCGUCACCCAGGCCGAGCCUGUCUGGCUGGAUUUGGCAGGGUCAGUCCGGAAGGCUUGUGGGCUUAUCGAGGAGGCCGCAAAGGGCGGCGCUCGGAUUAUCGCUUUCGCAGAGGUCUGGAUCCCCGGAUAUCCCGGCUGGAUCUGGGCCCGACCUGUUGACCUCGAACUUCAAACUAAAUACAUCUACAACUCGUUGACUCUGGAGUCGGACGAGAUGGAGCAGUUGAAAGCGACGGCUAAGAAGCACGCCAUCGCCGUAGUCCUUGGAUUCUCGGAACGUACCCCGUCAGACAGUGUUUACAUCGCGCAAGCUAUUAUCUCGCCCCAGGGCGAGCUUGUGCUGCAUAGACGCAAGGUCAAACCGACACACAUGGAACGCACCAUCUAUGGUGACGGCUCCGGGGACGACCUGACCAACGUGGUCGAGCUCGACUUCGGCGACCCGCUGGGCAAGAUCAAGGUCGGGGCGCUUGCCUGUUGGGAACAUACCCAGCCGCUGCUCAAGUACCACAGCAUCACUCAGGGGGAGGUGAUCCAUGUUGCGAUGUGGCCGCCGCUAGAACCCGCGGUCAGCGUCGACCAACACGGGCUGUGGAGCAUGACGGCUCAUGGGUGUCAGAAUCUUUCACAGACUUAUGCUAUAGAGAGCGGAACUUACGUACUGCACGCUACAUCUGUGUGCACUCAGAAGGGGAUUGAAGCACUGGGAUCACAAAAUGGGCUCAUGUGCCGCCAACCUGGCGGAGGCCACAGUUGUAUCAUCGGCCCUGACGGGAGGCGCCUGACCCUGGCGCUUGGAGACGGCAAUGCUGAGACCGAAGGUAUCGUAUACGGGGACCUCGACCUGACCAAGGUCGCGACAGUUAAGGGAUUUCUUGAUGUUGUCGGGCAUUACAGCAGGCCCGAUCUUCUAUGGCUGGGGGUCGACAGGAAGAAGAAAGAGGUUGUUAUCCCAAAAGGUACCGUGAAACAGCCCGAAUCGGAGCAGGAGAUCUAGCUGAGUGAGGGGAGGUGAAAUAUAGGUAUUGAGGAUUGGAUAUAUUAGCGGCUAUUAACUAACGCAACGGGCACU